AUGGACGACUACUUCCGUCGGUCGUGUCCGUGGCGUGUAGUGGACGAGUGUGGGGUCGGGUAUAUGCUAGGAGUGGUCGGCGGGACUGUCUAUCACGGGGUGCGGGGCUGGAGGUCGUCGGCCGAGGGUCUGGAGCGGCGGUCGUCGAGCGCGUGGUUUCUGGUCAGACGUCGAGUGCCGAAAAUGGGCGGCAGUUUCGCCGCCGGCGGAGCAAUGGUUAGCGCUAUUGACUGCUCUCUGGCGGCCAUUCGCCAGACGGACGACCCCUGGAAUAACAUUAUGGCCGGCGCUCUCACCGGCGCUCUCGCCGUAUAUCGCAUUUGGCGUGUAUUACAGGUGUUGUUGACAUUGGCUUUACAUUUGGUGUCUGUUAUUGCCAACUACAGCGAGGAUCAGAUAAUGGAAUUUCAAGAGGCGUUCUCUCUGUUCGACAACAGAGGCGACGGCAAGAUCUCAGUCUCGCAGUUGGGAGACGUGUUGCGGGCGUUGGGACAGAACCCCACAGAAGGAGAGGUGAAGAAGUGCUCCAAUCAGUUGAAACCCGAUGAAAGAAUCGGUUUCGAAGUGUUUCUACCGAUACUGCAGACCAUAUCGAAGAACAGGUCCACCGAUACGGCCGAAGACUUCAUCGAAGGUCUGCGCCAUUUCGACAAAGACGGCUCCGGGUAUAUCAGUUCCGCCGAAUUGCGACACCUGUUGACCACUUUGGGCGAGAAGUUGACCGACGAUGAAGAACCCCCUCCACCGCCGCCUCCCUCUCCAGUACUGCCAAUACUUAAUACAAAAUAG